CAUAUUCAUUCAACCUCGUUCCCAUCAUUACUCUUCUCUGCAGAAUAUACAAUACAAUGGCAAGAGAACCUCUGAUAGUUGGGAGAGUGAUUGGAGAUGUCCUUGAUUCCUUCAGCCCCAGUGUGAACAUGACUGUCUCUUACAAUAAGAAGCAAAUCUUUAAUGGUUAUGAGCUCUUCCCUUCUGCUGUCACCGACAGGCCCAGGGUUCUGAUUGGUGGACUCGAUAUGAGGUCCUUCUACACCCUCGUGAUGACUGACCCGGACGUCCCUGGCCCCAGUGAUCCUUAUCUCAGAGAACACUUGCACUGGAUGGUGACGGAUAUUCCAGGCACAACAGAUGCCACAUUUGGAAAAGAGGUGGUGAGCUAUGAGAUGCCAAAGCCAAACAUAGGGAUACACAGGUAUGUGUUUGUGCUGUUCAAGCAGAAUCGAAGGCAGUGUGUGAGAGCACCUUCCGUGUCUUCGUCUUCUUCAAGGGAUCACUUCAAUACUCGCGAUUUUGCUGCACAAAACGACCUUGGCCUACCCGUUGCUGCUGUUUACUUCAACGCACAGAGGGAAACUGCUUCCAGAAGGCGCUAGAUCCAUCGCUGUGUGCUAAGGGGAAUCCUGUAUUUGAUGAAUAAGUUGGUUUAAUUUCAUCCUCGUAUCUGCGUCUGGUUCGCUGUAUUGUAUGGUUUAUGUUCCAUCGGUAUAGUACCGCGUCUCAUUGUGUAUACAAGGGCAAGCAAUGCCACGUCACCUUGUAGUUGUUUGCCUUUCGGUUUAAGGUUGGCCAUAAU